AGUAUGAGCCAGGGGUGAAUGUUUUCCACAACCCUGUCUCCUAACAGGCUUCAUCCCUGCUCCAGCUCCAGCUGCCAUUCUGUACUCUGCUUCUCCCAGGUGGCCUCCAUCCCUUUCCCAGGCUCCAUCCACUUCUGUUUUGGCUCCUUGGCCCCAGUCUCAUUCUGUGAGCCUGGCCCUGUGCCUUUCUCUCCAGCUUCUCAGCUAUCUGGACCUUGAAUUUCUCAAAGCUUCUACUUUUCACCUCCAUUAUACCUCAUCCAUUGAUUCUCUCUUCAAGCCCUUAGUAUGUGCCAUGUUCUCUUCUAAGCAAUAGAUAUGAAUUGUCUCGUUUAAUUCUCACAACAAUCCUGUGAGCUCUGUUUGACAGAUGAGAAAACAGCCAUAGAAAGAGUAAGUAAUUUACUUAAAGUCCCACUAUUAGUAAGUGAUAGAACCAGGAUUUGAACUUGGGCAGUUAAGCACCCACUAUAAUACAGUGGACACUGGGUUUUCAAAAUGAACAAUGGUUACUACCCCUCUCUACACUACUUACUACCUCCACAUUUUUUCCUAUCAUGUUCCUGUAUGAGGAAGUAGAUCAUCAACUGGGAGGCAGAUAGACCUGGAUUUAAAUCCCAGACCAGUCAAUUGCUAGCUAUGUGACCUUAGGCAAAGAUUUUUACUUCUUACCUUUAAGUCUCAACAUCUGUAAAACUAGGGGACUGGGGAGAUAUUGACACCUAUGUCAGGAGGUUUUUGUGAGGAUUAAUUAUAACAACAUGAUAUACUCAACACCUGUUGUUAGGUGUUCAACAGAUUAGCUUCCUUGCUUGCUUCUUCCAAAUCUCUGUUAUCAACUCCCUUGGCCCAGUUCCACCCUUGUCUGCUCCACUUUCUAGAUCAGUCACCCCCUCCAAGUUCCCCCCACCCCGGGCGUGUCACUUCCUCCUCUGUAGCCUCUCAGAUCAGUACACAAAGGCUGCUGCUGCGGAUGGAGGAAAGGCUGCUCUGCUCGCACCUACCAUGGUGGCUUUGUCAAUGGUCCUUGUUUUCCUGCUGUUCCUGAGCAGAAGUGGGAGUGAGUUGGACACCAAGAUCUCAUCCCCAGGGGAGGCCACAGAAUGGGGGGAUCCUGAUCUGUCCCUGCCGGGGUCCUGCCAGCCAGCCCCCUCCUGCCAGAAGUGCAUCCUCUCACAUCCAAGCUGUGCAUGGUGCAAGCAACUGAACUUCACAGCGUCGGGGGAGGCAGAGGCACGGCGCUGCGCCCGGAGAGAGGAGCUGCUGGCUCGGGGCUGCCCCGUGGGGGAGCUGGAGGAACCCCAAGGCUGGCAGGAGGUGCUUCAGGAUGAGCCACUCAGCCAGGGUGCCCGUGGCGAAGGGGCCACCCAGCUGGCGCCGCAACGGGUGCGGGUCACGCUGCGGCCAGGGGAACCCCAGCAGCUCCAGGUCCGCUUCCUUCGUGCUGAGGGAUACCCUGUGGACCUGUACUACCUUAUGGACCUGAGCUAUUCCAUGAAGGAUGACCUGGAGUUCGUGCGCCAACUCGGGCACGCCCUGCUGGUGCGACUGCAGGAGGUCACACAUUCUGUGCGCAUUGGCUUUGGCUCCUUUGUGGACAAAACGGUGCUGCCCUUUGUGAGCACAGUGCCCUCCAAGCUUCGCCACCCCUGCCCCACCCGGAUGGAGCGCUGCCAGCCACCCUUCAGCUUUCACCAUGUGCUGUCCCUGACUGGGGAUGCUAAGGCCUUUGAGCGGGAGGUGGGGCGCCAGAGUGUGUCCGGCAACCUGGACUCACCUGAGGGUGGCUUUGAUGCCAUUCUGCAGGCUGCACUCUGCCAGGAACAGAUUGGCUGGAGAAAUGUGUCCCGGCUGCUGGUGUUCACUUCAGAUGACACAUUCCACACAGCUGGGGAUGGGAAGUUGGGUGGCAUUUUCAUGCCCAGUGAUGGGCACUGCCACUUGGACAGCAAUGGCCUCUACAGUCGCAGCCCAGAGUUUGACUACCCCUCUGUGGGUCAGGUAGCCCAGGCUCUCUCUGCAGCAAACAUCCAGCCCAUCUUUGCUGUCACCAGUGCCACACUGCCUGUCUACCAGGAGCUGAGUAAGCUGAUCCCUAAGUCUGCAGUGGGGGAGCUGAGUGAGAACUCCAGCAAUGUGGUGCAGCUCAUCAUGGACGCUUAUAACAGCCUGUCAUCCACUGUGACUCUCGAACACUCUCCACUCCCUCCUGGUGUCCGCAUCUCUUACGAAUCUCAGUGUGGGGGUCCUGAGAAGAGGGAUGGUGCGGCUGGGGACCGAGGCCAGUGCAACAAUGUCCGAAUCAACCAGAUGGUGAAUUUUUUGGUUACUCUCCAAGCUACCCACUGCCUCCAAGAGCCCCAUCUUCUGAGGUUACGAGCCCUUGGCUUCUCAGAGGAGCUGACUGUGGAGUUGCACACACUGUGUGAUUGUAAUUGUAGUGACACUCAGCUCCAGGCUCCCCACUGCAGUGAUGGCCAGGGACACCUACAAUGCGGGGUGUGCAGUUGUGCCCCCGGCCGCCUGGGUCGAUUCUGUGAGUGCUCUGAAGCUGAGCUCUCCUCCUUGGAUCUGGAAUCUGGGUGCCGAGCCCCCAAUGGGACAGGGCCCCUGUGCAGUGGGAAAGGACAGUGCCAGUGUGGACGCUGCAGCUGCAGUGGACAGAGCUCUGGGCACCUGUGCGAGUGUGAUGAUGCCAGCUGUGAGAGACAUGAAGGCAUCCUCUGUGGAGGCUUUGGCCGCUGCCAAUGUGGAGUGUGUCACUGUCACGCCAACCGCACGGGCAGAGCGUGUGAAUGCAGUGGGGACAUAGAUGGCUGUGUCAGUCCCGAAGGAGGGCUCUGCAAUGGGCAUGGACACUGCAAAUGCAACCGCUGCCAGUGCUUGGAUGGCUACUAUGGUGCCCUAUGUGAUCAGUGCCCAGGCUGCAAGACACCAUGUGAGACACACAGGGACUGUGCAGAGUGUGGGGCCUUUGAAACUGGUCCCCUGGCUACCAACUGCAGCAUGGCUUGUGCUCAUGCCAACGUGACUCUGGCUCUGGCUCCUAUCCUGGAUGAUGGCUGGUGCAAAGAGAGGACCCUGGACAACCAGCUGCUGUUCUUCCUGAUAGAGGAUGAAGCUGGAGGCAGGGUCGUGCUGAGAGUGAGACCCCGAGAGAAGGGAGCAGACCACACCCAGGCCAUUGUGAUAGGUUGUGUGGGGGGCAUUGUGGCAGUAGGACUGGGGCUGGUCCUGGCUUACCGGCUCUCAGUAGAAAUCUAUGACCGUCGAGAAUACAAUCGCUUUGAGAAGGAACGGCAGCAGCUCAACUGGAAGCAGGACAGCAAUCCUCUCUACAAAAGUGCCAUCACGACCACUGUCAAUCCUCGCUUUCAAGAGACAGAGAGUCCCCUUCUCUGAAGGGGGUAAGGAUACUUACCCUAGGGCUCUUCUCACUGGGGAGAUGGUGGGAAACGUGGGGGGAGGGUCUGUCAGGUAGUGGCUGGGUAGGAGACUAAUCCAGUGCUGGAGUGGUCACUACCUACUCUGUUCUCAGUGACACCCAAGAGGGUUGCCUCCUGUUGCAACUUUGUUUCCCUACCUCACAAGGAGUGGGGUUUACCCCAUCCAUGUAUACAAUAAAGUCUAACUUUCAA